CGACGCGCGGGUCCACCGUCCCGGUCGGAAGCAGCAUGAACACACAAGCACGGCCGACGCGACAGGCGCCCGACAUUCUCCACCUCGCCCAAGCGGCCGAGUUUCACAACCGGGGGGCCGCCUUCACUGCGUCUCGCCCGGUGAGUCGACCAACCCAAGCCUCGAAUGCAAUGCCCAACUUUCGAGAGCAAGCGGCGGCUGCGCGGCGGGCUGUCUUUGAAGAGCGCCGGCGCGCCGCCGUUGAGGCCCGCAUCAAGCAGCAGGAGGAGCGAUCGACCAAGCGCAAGAAGCCGUCGUCGUCGACGACGAUGUUUGCGCCGCUGCCCGUCUCGGCGAUGCAAGACUCGCUACUGCGGUCGCCGCACCUUGUGUCGUCGCCGUCCAAUAUGCUUUCGUUUUCAUCGCAGAACCACCUCGGACACGCCUUCUUCCUCCCGCACCAUCCCCACCACAACGACCUUUUGCACGACCCACAGCACAACCAUUUGGCCAAGAAACUCAAGAAACUCACAAAGACCGAAGACGUCGACCGACAAAAGCGUGAAAUGAAAAAGGAAGCGCGCGUGCGCGAGUACGAGAUCGCGCUCGCGAUGCGCUGGGCCGCCGAGACCAAGCGACGCGAGGAAGCCGCCCAGCGCCGCGCCCAAGUCGAUGCGCUCCGCCGCCGCGUCGAGCAGGAGCGAGAGGAGAAGCGACAGCUGGCCAAGAUCAAGAAGCGCACCAAGCUCUCGACCGAUGCGUCAUCGCCGCACAACUACGACGUGUUCCAUGCCCUCUAAAGGACCGCGACGCUGUUUGUUUUGUCAUAGUUUGCUGUUUUUAAUUAAAAUGACACCGUGCGUCGUGGUAUAUCUUGUGGAC